UUCUUCAUCUGCAGAAAGCCCUAGCCGCACGCAGGAGGAAAAGAAGUUGUCGAGAGAGAUCGCCGUGAAAUGACGACCAGACUCAGGAAGAACAGGAAGAAGCGCGGUCACGUCAGCGCCGGACACGGUCGUAUCGGGAAGCACCGCAAGCAUCCCGGAGGUCGCGGUAACGCAGGAGGUAUGCACCACCACAGGAUCCUCUUCGACAAGUACCAUCCCGGUUACUUCGGCAAAGUCGGUAUGAGGUACUUCCACAAGCUCCGCAACAAGUUCUACAACCCGAUCGUCAACCUUGACAGGCUCUGGUCGCUGGUUCCUGAGGAUGUGAAGGCCAAGGCCACCAAGGAUAAGGUGCCGAUGAUCGAUGUGACGCAGCAUGGGUUCUUUAAGGUGCUCGGGAAAGGUCAUUUGCCUGAGGGCAAGCCUUUUGUGGUGAAGGCGAAGCUGAUCUCGAAGACUGCUGAGAAGAAGAUCAAGGAAGCUGGUGGUGCCGUGGUGCUCACUGCUUAGGUUUAUCUGCAAAUUUAUCUUUUGUUUUUGCUUUUUGUUUUUGAGUUUUUGCUAAGACUUGUCCUGUUUUGGAUUUUGGAACAUGGUUGUUAUCACAUUGAGCUUCUGGAAUAUUUGCCUUACUUUUUUCGCUUGUU